AUGGGGGAGGCAGACAGCUACGCCAACGGCGGCAACGAACGAGGUCCACCGCAGCAAUGGGGACAGCAACAGUAUGGCCAGCCCUACGGUCAACCGCAACAGCCCUACGGUCAGCAGCCAUAUCAACAACAGCAGUACCAGCAGCCGCCGCCUCAAGGCUAUUACAACCAAUCCCAGGAUCAGAAUCAGAAUGGUUAUCACCAGCAGCCGUACCCCGAUCAGUACGGCGCGCCGCCGCCUUACAGCGUCAACCCGCCCAAGGGCAAUGACCCAAACUACUCCUUCGACCAGGCCUUCAAGGUCGAGAAACCAAAGUGGAAUGAUCUCUGGGCUGGAAUCCUCCUCAUCAUCGUCUUUGCCGGCUUCGUCGCCGUCUCAAUCAUUUCCAUUCGAGGCUAUGUCACCGGCUCACGUGGCAGCGGCAUCUACGGUAGCAGUAACAACUUCUCUCUGAAUAAUAACACAAUCAUCCUUUUCGCCUUUGGCCUCGUCGUUGCCUUCGUCCUGUCCUGGGGCUACGUCACCGUCGCGCGUAUCUUCCCCAAGCAAUUCAUUUGGAUCACGGGCAUUCUGAACAUUUGCUGGGCUAUCGGAACCGCCAUCUACUACCUCUAUAAGAAGUACUGGUCCGCUGGCAUUGUUUUCCUCAUCUUUGGACUGUUUACGGCCUUUGCCUUCUACACCUGGAUCUCGCGCAUCCCCUUUUCCGCACUGAUGCUCAAGACGAGCAUUACUGUCAGCAAAAAAUAUGGCCAUGUCUAUCUUGUUUCCUUGAUCGGUGGAUUCCUCGCUACCGCAUUUGCUGCUUGGUUCUCCGUCACCUUGGCAGCCGUUUACGUUACGUAUGAACCAUCGGCCAAUAACCCCAAGUGCGGCGCCGAUGGCAAAGGCUGCAGCAAGGCGACAGUCAUUGGCUUGGUCGUCUUUAUCACUUUUGCCAUGUACUGGAUUUCUGAGUGGCUCAAGAACACGAUUCACACCAUCAUCUCUGGUGUCUACGGCACCUGGUAUUUCUGCGUACACAACUUCCCCAAGGGUGCCACGCGCGGAUCCGCCAAGCGUGCGCUUACCUACAGCUUCGGGUCCAUCAGUCUGGGUAGCUUGCUCGUCGCCAUUAUUCAGUUCCUCCGUCAGCUGUGCUCCGUUGCCAGGCAGCAAGCCGGUGACCAAGGCGGUGUCGGCGGUAUGAUUGGAUAUGUCAUUUUCUGCAUUCUCGGCUGUCUGAUCGGUCUGCUCGAAUGGGCCCUGCAGUUCUUGAACAGAUAUGCUUUCUGCCAUAUUGCACUGUACGGCAAGGCCUAUAUUCCUGCUGCCAAGGAUACCUGGAACAUGAUCAAGGAUCGCGGCAUUGACGCACUGAUCAACGAAUGUCUCAUUGGUCCCGUUCUCUCCUUUGGUGCCAUGUUUAUCGCCUUUGCUACUUCCCUGCUCGCCUAUCUGUACCUGCAAUUCACCAAUCCAGCAUACAACCGAGAUGGGGGCUUUACAGCCGUCAUUAUGGCGUUUGCAUUCCUCAUCGGUUUCCAAAUUGCGCUUAUUUUCACCACACCGAUUUCGAGCGGCAUUGAUACAAUUUUCGUCGCGUCUGGUUGGGACCCGCAAGUCAUGAUUAAUGACCACCCAGAACUGUACCAGGAGAUGGUAAGGUUGUACCCCAAGGUGCAGCAGGCUAUUCAGGUGCGAUAA